CGGCGCUUGCUACUGAAACAGAAUUCAUAGCGACGUGCGCGUGCCCGAUGCUAUCUGUUGCUCUGUAGAGCGAGCUGCGCGUAAUCAUUCUGCUUCUGUAUUUGUGCCUCGGCCUUGAGUGGUACCUCUCUUGCCCUGUCAUCCAGAGCCCGUUGCGGUCCUUGUUGCCUUCUGUCUUCGAAUCCCGCAGUGCCUGGCCUGGUUGGUAAUAAGGAGACAUGGGUUGUUUCUUCUCCAAGAAAGCGAAGAAGAAGAGGAACAGCGAAGAGGCGAAAGCAGGGGAGCAGCCCCAGCAAGAUGGGGAAGAGCCCAAGCAGUAUAGUUGGGACAAGAGGGAGAAGGUUGACCCAAAGGAUUAUAUGUUUACUGGACUAAAGGACCAAACUGUAGGCAAGCUGCCAGAUAAAAUUGCAGGACAACAAUUUGUUAUCCAGGAGUGUGAAAAUUGCAACAUCUACAUCUUUGACCACUCUGCGACCAUCACUAUUGAUGAUUGUACAAACUGUCGCAUAUUCCUAGGGCCUGUAAAGGGCAGUGUGUUUUUCCGUGACUGUAAAGACUGCAAAUGUGUGGUGGCCUGCCAACAAUUCCGCACUAGGGACUGCAGGAGAAUGGAUGUGUUCCUUUGCUGCUCCACCCAGCCUAUUAUAGAGUCAUCUACAAGCAUGAAGUUUGGGUGCUUUCAGUACUAUUACCCAGAGCUGGCAUUGCAGUUCAAGGAAGCUGGAUUGAGUAUUUUCAACAAUACAUGGAGCAACAUCCAUGACUUUACACCUGUAGCUGGAGAAACAAACUGGUCCCUUCUUCCACCUGAUGCUGUAAUCCAAGAUUUUAUACCCCUGCCUGAUUCAGAAGAACUGAAAUGUGUUCGGGUUUCUGCAGAUGUUCAUAAGAGCAUAAUACCAGUGACUUGGGGCCAGCGACUGAAGAAAAGCGAUGAAUCCUGCUUAGUGGUUUUCUUUGCAGGAGAUUACACCACAGCAAAUGCUAGAAAAAUGAUUGAUGAGAUGGUUGGCAAAGAGUUAUCUCUUAUCCAGACUAAAGAAGUUGCAAUGAAAAUAGAAGAUGCAAAAAGAGUAUUUCAGGACAAUGUCACAGAUUUAAUCUCUCUGUUGGAGAACGGUUCUGUAGUUGCCCUGGAAUUUAAUGGAGAUGGAGCAGUAGACAGUUGUCAGUCUGUGAUCAGCAACACCUUCAGUGGCACAAAGGUGUUUGUAUCAGAGAGUAAGGAAUCUGCUUCUCGUGAUGUGGACAACUUCUACAACUUUGCCGACAUGCAAAUGGGAAUGUAAUAUUAUUGCGCGAUCUCUUUCAGCCUUUGUUCCUUAUGUUUACAUGCAGCAGACCUCUAAUUCCAAAACUGCUUCCUGUAUGCCAAUAUCAUUUCCCCUUCUAAAAAAUCCUAUAGAAACCCAAGUCAUUUGUGUGAAAGAGAGGUGUAAACUUUUUGACAAAAGGGUAUUUGCAGCUGUCUAUUUGAAAUAGCAUUCCUGGUGCUGUAUAAAUAAAUGAUCAUGAUGGCAUUGAUUUCUAAGCACACAUCUUUGUGCUUUGAAUGUGAGCUAAAUGCUUAUUUACACACAGUCCUUAUUUGACUUGGGGAAGGGAGGGGUUUUUUCUCUUCUAAACCCCUCCCCCCACAUCAUUGUUUAUUCUGAGUAAUCCAACUUUUCAUACUCAUAGUUUUGAAUAAACCCUUUGCACCAGGUGUAAAUGUAGAAUGUUUGUUUACAGUUGUUUUGUAAAUUAAAUAAUUGCUGCAUAAACAACAUUUUAUUAGGAAUGUACAUUUGGUAUAAAACUGGAAUUUUACUGCAUUUAAAAAAGUGUCAAUUUUUACAAUUGUGUAGGAAUACAAUUUAAUAUUAUGGCAUUCCAAAAAUGCAGGGUACCUGAGGAAGAUUGUAAGCAAAUUAAAAUAUUUUUCAAGAAUAUUUAUUUUACCAUUUUAUAGCUAAUUGUCUGCAUCUUACAUUGUGAUCAUGUCCAUUAUGUUUAUGAAUUGCACUCUCAGAUCAACUUUUUUAUACUGUAAAUGUGUGAUUUUAUUUUUCUGAGCUUAUAAUGCUUUUGUAUUUUUGAGGAUCGUUUCAUAAUGAAGACAUUUACCUAAUGUUCAUUGUAUCUGUGUAAAGUUUAAGGGUGAGUAAACUAUCUAGAUAUUAGCUACAUGCUCCUCUUGCCACAAUUGCUCCUAAGAAGAGGAAAGUUGCACUGUAGAGCAGAAUUGGCAAACAACAUCUAUGUUUCAUUAAAACAAUGGGCAAAAGGUAUAUUUAUCACAAGUCAUAUGCAUGUUGAUCAUUCUGCACUGUAGGUAUAAAAUAGUAUAUAUUCCCAUGUGAUUUAGCUGUAGAAGCAAAUAAUCUUCUUUUUUUGAUGUUUGCAUUUAUACAUAUCAGUGACACUUGCCGUAUUGCUCUGCUCUGUUGAAGUAAAAAGGAAAUCCUCCAUAAACAAUACAGAUACUGUAUCACAAUACAUUAAUGAUAAAUUAGAAUGCUGUUGCUAUUAUAGGGAAAGUAAUCCGAUAGAGCCAGGGUUUGUUACUUACUUAUGUACUUAUGUAUAUUUAAGUGUGGUCACUCUGCUGGGACCAAGAACCAAUAUGUGAUUUAUUUUCUGCUUAUUUAUCAGCUGUUUGCAUUUGUACCCCCCACCCCCUCUUUUUAGUAGAACUUUUUGAAUUGUGCUGGGUCAUUGUUCUCUUUUAUGCUAUCAGAUAUAAUUGUAGGGGUUAAUAUGGUAAUGGCUGUGGUCCACUGGCCAUUUAGAUUACCUUUUUUAGCUCUGGCCUUCUUUGAGCACUUGGAACUAAUGUAAACGGAGCAUUUCAGACCAUACAUGGGCCUAAGCAAGAGAUGUCUGACACAAAUGGAUUGCUAAAUGCUAGGUUGGUGGAACAAAUUACCCAUCAACGACUGGGUGGCUUUUGGAAUUUUUGGCUUGACUGCAAACAUAGUACAAUGCAGUAUACGGUACCUGGUUAUUAGUAGGCCUAAUUUUCCAUUAUAUCUAGUCAGAUUUGGUGUAAUCCCAUGAGAGGUUGAUCAGUCUCAUCAGGCAUUUUUAGAGGCACAGAUAAUCAUGCAUCUCAGUUGAUAUGUCAUUGCAACGCAAUGUACAAAACGGUACUGCAUCACACAAUAAAUGUUGCUGGUACCCAUAAAUAAAAUUUUUAGUUGUUUUUAGUUAGGGGGGAACCAUUUAUUGUAUUUAUUUUUUGGGACUAAAGGUGUCAAGGUGUAGCUGAAUUUCUUGCCAAAGGAUUGGCUGUUGAUCAUCAGGCAUUUUUAAAGGCAAGCAGCUCAGUUGAUAUGUCAUUAGUAAUAUAGCUGAAAUUGUAACGCAAUGUACAAAACGGUUAUAAAUACAGUAGAACCCCCAUUUUACGUUUUCCAGGGGACCAGAAAAAAGGUGGAAAAUGUAAAAUCAGGGAAAUUUAUUAUGUAUAAUAUAUAGGUGGGACCACAAAACAACAAUGUAAAUUGAGGGAAAACUUAAAAUAAGGAGAAGUAAAAUGGGGGUUCUACUGCACACACAAUAAAUGUUGCUAGUACCCAUAAAUUACAUUUUUAGUUGUUUUUAGUCAGCGGGGGGAACCAUUUAUUGUAUUUGUUUUUUGUGACUAAAGGUGUCAAAGUGUAGCUUUCUUGCUAAGGGAUUGGCUGUUGCUGGAACAUGUGACUAUACUGUGAAACUCCUCCAAAUGAAUCAAAUGUUAUAAAUUGAACUUGUUAUCCUGCUUAUACAUGAACUUUGCUUACAUAGGUAUGCAAUAUGACCUCAAAUGUAUAUCCACAAGAGCCUUGAAUAAUUUGCAAAAUAUAUCCUUAUUAACCGUGUUUAGUGAUCUUGCUUGUGGUACACGACUCUCUAAAAGUCAUUUAAAAAAACCAAAAAAAAACCUGUUGCAAAAUAUUUGUAUAUAAGAAGUCACAUUGGAGUUCCUAGCCUGUAUAAUAGUACCUUGCCUGCAGCCCUUCUAAAUGAUUAUGGAACUCCCCAGUAGCUUGUAAUAUACUUAGAUUUUAAAACAGGGGGUAUGUUGUUCCCUAUAUUAGUAUACAAAACCAAAAUUACCAGUAUUACUGUGUGCUAAACCUAUAUAGUGGGCUAUUAUCAGAGUAACAAACACAAAUAUGGAUGCUGUUGUCGUAUGAUAUCAUACAAGCUGUUGUACAUAUGUUGUGUUCUCAUAAGGGAUAGGGGACCAUAAAAAUAUCUUUAUCCUGUUCAUGUUUGAGAUCCCUAAAGAGGAGAUGUUAUUCAAAUUCUAUAAUUGUGUAAGUCCUUCCUGCUGCAUAAGAUCAUUUUGUAUGAAUUUUUAAUGUUCACUUCAGCUAUAGCCAUCAGUCUUGCACUUUUCUACUUUUAAUUGUGACAUAUUCAGUCAUCAUUAAUGUAAUCGUAAAAAAAACAAUCCAAGGGGCUUUGGCUGUGCCCUUUAUUAUUGUUCAUAACAAUGUUGAAUCUAACAUCCCACUUCCUCUAUCUGAAGCUAUUGUUAUCACAAUGAAAUUUAUGUCUUGUGAAACUUGGAUUUCAUGUGCGGAAUCCACCAUCAUAACUGUAGUUAUAUUUGUUAAGUUUAAAAUACAACAUGGGCAACAUGUUAUAUGCUGAUAAAUUGUCUGUUUGAUGUCUCAUUUGCUUUUGUACAAUUUUUAUGCAUUUUUGUAUGUAUUUCGAAAUUAUACGAUCUGCUCUUUAAUAAACAUAGAAAAUGCGGAA